AUGUCGCUGGAGGAGAAGUUGGCAAAGAUAAAGUCCCCAAACCUACAGAGCCAACAACAUACUGCGGUCGUUUUGUCCUCGAUCGAAGAGACUCUCCGGGAACAGAACACGAAAUUCAGUGCCACUGCGUAUUUCGCGGCUCUCCUUGCCCUUCUCAAACAGUGUUCCGCAGCGGAUCAAGAUGAUAGCGAGAAUGAAGUUGUCGUGUCCACCGUGUACCUGCUCGAUAUUGUAACGUCCUACGUCUCUCCAGGCCUCCUUCGGUCGCAGUUCAGUACCAUUUACUCCCUCAUCGCACCCUACCUGGAAACUUCGUCGAACAAUGCGCCUCUCAUACGGUCGGCCGUGGGCUGUCUGGAGUCGUUGCUGAUUGCCCAGGAUUCAGCGGCAUGGAAUUUCUCGCAAGGUCAAACAAGUCCUCGACAGGCAAUUCUAGCGCUUCUCGCGUUGGCCAUUGACUCGAGACCAAAGAUACGGAAACGGGCCCAGGUGGCUUUGACAGACAUAUUGAAGAACCCUCCACCAGGUCCUGCAAUCGACCAUCCAGCCGCGGAGCUUUGCGCAGUGGCGUCUCAGAACAAUCUAAAAGGUGCCGUUGACAGGGUGGCUAAUGCACGGCGACUCAAAGGGCGGUCGGAUGAGAGCCAUGAACCGGCCGUAAUUCAUGCUCUUCAGCUCACAAAGACCAUUGCUGUGGCAUCUGGAGGAUGGCCCAGCAAGAAGAUCGAAUCACUCUGUGAACUGUUGCUGUCUAUCUCUCGCUCAAAGAACGACUAUCUGGUUAUGAGUGCGUUCGAAGUGUUCGAGGUCAUCUUCGAAGGAAUGCAGGACGAAGUUUCGUCCUCAAAGCUACCAAGGCUGCUUGAUGCUAUCAUCGAAUUGAAACCGGCUCAAAACGACUCCCAGUUACUUCCUCCCUGGAUAGCAAUUUUGUCACGCGGUUAUGGAACAGCUGCAGUGGUCGAACCCGAAGAUACCUUUGCAAAGUUGCCAGAGCUUUUUGACCUGGUAGCAUCUUUCCUGACAAGUCCAUCCCACAACAUCAGAGUUUCAGCGUCGGAAUGCCUGAUUUCAUUUUUUGCCAACUGUAUUCCAGACAGUGUCAUUGCAGACCCAUCAGUAUAUGAUGAGAAACUACUCGAGCAGAUCUCUGGUAAGGCUCUCGGACUUCUGGCUGUCAAAUACCAGACCGCUUGGAUGGAAGUCUUUAGCGCUCUUUCGGCCCUCUUUGAUGCUCUCCGGUGGCGAGGCGAUCCGUUCUUACUCGGUAUUGUCAAGGCAAUUGGCGAACUCAGGAGCAACCAAGGUUUCCAAGGCAAGAAAGAAGCAGAUGAGGUUCUAGGCCAUGCGAUCCGCAACCUUGGGCCAGGGGCAGUCCUGGGCGUGCUGCCUCUUAAUCUUGUCAAGCCACAAAAAGGUCACCCUGGAAGGGCCUGGCUACUCCCCCUAUUGAGGGACCAUGUGUCUAACACCAACUUGGGCCAUUUCAAAUCCGAGCUGGUCCCUCUUAGCGAAGCCAUGUACCAACGCAUCAUCGAACAUGGCAAGGCCGAAAAGACAAUGGACAUCAAAGUCUAUGAGACUGUUGUUCAACAGGUGUGGGCUACAUUGCCGGGCUAUUGUGAUUUACCGCUCGACUUGACCACGGCGUUCGAUCAAGCGUUUGCCGAACUCAUCUCGAACUUGCUCUACAAGCAGACAGAACUGCGUGUCGAUCUCUGCCGGGGCUUGCAGAACUUGGUUGAGUCCAAUCAGGCACUCCUAGCAUCAGAUCUGCCUGAUGAGGUUCUCUUGUUGGAACGGCGGAUUCAGAAGUCGGACGCAGAAAAGAACAUCCAGCAUCUGGCUCAGUUUGCCAACAAUCUCCUGGCUGUCCUCUUCAAUGUCUAUAGUCAGACACUGCCUCAAUCCCGCUCAUACAUACUUCAAUGCAUCAACAGCUAUCUGAGCGUCACCCCCGAGAAAGACUUGGUGGACACCUUUCAGAGAGUCUCAACCAUGUUACAGGCCGCUCUGCCAAAGCCAGACCAGCCAGCGCCAAAGAAAGAACAGAACCAGGCACCCGCCAACAAACUACCACCGACCUCCCACACUUUGCUUGAUCUCGUCAUAGCACUGUCUGUCCAUCUUCCCCGAUCAACAUUUGGCGACCUGUUCUCCAUCUGCUCCAACAUUUUGACCAACCCUGCAAUCUUGAAGUCUGACCCGCAGCUUAUUAAGAAGGCCUACAAGCUGAUUCCUAGGCUCGCCACAUCGAAGACCGGGACUGACGCACUCACCGCUCGGAAUGAGGAAUUGCAACAAUUGAUUCUGCGGACAUCAGAAACAACACCGGUUCCAGCACGCCGAGAUCGCAUUGUGGCCAUUGAGACGCUCAUCUCCUUCCUUCCCUUGACAGAUCUGCACUUCAUUCCCAGCAUCCUGAGCGAAGUCGUGCUGGCUUGUAAAGACAGCAACGAAAAGGCACGGACCGCAGGGUUUGACCUUCUCAUUGCUGUCACAAACAAGAUUUCAGAUCCCUCGAACCCGCCGGGCACGGUGAUCCGCAACCGCCUGGUACCACACAUGCCGGAUGACUCGCCUGACGCGCCGGCCAACCUUGAAGAGGUCUUCACGAUGGUCAGUGCCGGGCUGGCAGGUGUGGCGCCGCACAUGGUCGCCGCCAGCGUUAUAGCACUCAGCCGACUACUAUUCGAAUACCACAGCCAGUUGGCCGACAAGACCAAAGAAGAACUUGUCGAUACAGUCACCAUGUUUCUGCAAUCGAACAACCGCGAGAUCGUGCGUGCGGUUCUCGGAUUUGUGAAGGUCAUGGUGGUCAUUCUCUCCAACGAGAUGUUGGAGCCGAGAAUGCCAUCGAUAGUGCCGGCACUCAUGGUCUGGAGUAAAGAGAACAAAGGCCGGUUGAGAGCCAAGGUCAAGGGCAUCUUGGAUCGAUGCUUGCGGCGGUUCGACGCCUCAAAGGUGGAAAGCUGGGUCGGUGGCGAUGACCGAAAGAUGGUGGUGAAUCUCCGCAAACGACGGGAGCGAGCCAGGCGGAAGAGAAAGGGCACUGAAGCAGAUGACGAUGAUGAAGAUGCAGAGCAGGAGCCGGCGGCCAAGAGAUACGACAACGAAUUCGACGAGGCCGUCUACGGUUCGGAAGACGAAGACUCGGAGAUCGACGGCGGCGACGGGUCUGACUCGGACGGCGACGAUACCAUGUCCGGCGUGUCUUUCAAGAACGCCGCCGGCGCGAAGAGACGCAAUGAGCAAUACAUUCGCCAAGAAGACGAGGACGACGAGCCACUUGAUCUGCUCGACCCGAGAAGUCUGGCAAGCAUUUCAACCAGGAAGCUCGGCCGUCUGCGCGAUUCCCAGGCGGCAGGCCGGAAGACGAAAGCCAAGGUCAACGAGGACGGCAAGCUGGUUUUCGGCGGCCCGGACGACGGUGUCGACGUGGACAUGGACAUGUCCGGCUCCGGCUCCGGCCAGCGCGGCGGACAAGACAGCUCCAUCAACGCGUACCUCGACGCCGUCUCGGGCGCGGACGCCGUCCGACGUGGCCAGAAGGGCAGACUCAAGGUGAAGUCCGGCAUGCAGAAGAAGGCGCGACAAGAUACCCGAGAGCGCGACCGAGAUGACGACGGCAUGGACCUCGAUGUCGAAGAGGCCAGAGAAGUUGCCCGUCGCAUCAUGCAGGGCGCGCCCGGUCCCAGAUCACCGGGAGGAGUGGGCGCGAAGAAGACCGACGCCAGAUCCCAACGACGGGGUCUGGGCGUCGAGAAGAAUAGGGACCGAGGUCAGAGUCAAAGCCAGGGUCAGGGACACGAACAGGCGCAGAGAUCCAAGUUCCGUGGUGGAAGCGGUGUCGCGAAACGAGGAAGUGGAGGGAGAGGUGGGAGAGGUGGGAGAGGUGGGAGAGGCUCUAACGUGCAGUUUGGGUCGAGACGAGGUGGAAGACGUUGA